CUCUCAAGCUCUCGAGAUACGGUACAAUCUUGUGGCUGGAGACGAAGCAUUGUAGUCUUGUUUCGGAGCGUUUUCAGUCGGAGACAGGAUGCACAUAAUUAUUUGACGCGACUAUAGGAGAUAUUUACCUAUCACCACAUCAUUCUUUACUUCGUGGUCUUCUCUGUGUGAAUUAAUAAUGUUCUUGGACAUUUUAAUUUGGUGUAUGAUAGCACUGGACACCACGCGCAUCGCAUCAUCUCUGGAGUUACAACCUGACAUGCCUAAUGUGUGUGCGGAGCAGGAGUUGUCCAUGCUGGGUGCACGCCAGCCCUGUGUCCAGGCCUUCACUCGGAUGGUCAAGGUCUGGAAGCAAGGCUGCACCGGCCAUCGCUGGUGUGUUGGCUACGAAAGGAGAACAGGCUACUACACAGCCUACAGGCAGGUGUACAGUAUGGAUGUGCACAGAGUGACCAGGUGCUGCCCUGGGUGGACACAGAGGGGCAAGGAGAGGGGUUGUUUGCACCGGGUGUGUGCUGCUAAUACCUGUUUCAAUGGGGGCAGGUGUGAUGAGGGAGGUGACCAGAUCUGUCAGUGUCCUGUAGGCUUCCAAGGAACACGCUGCCAGUAUGAUGUCAACGAGUGCUCGACAGCUAACGGCGGCUGUGAGGGACAUUGCUGCAACACCAUUGGAAGCUUCUACUGCAAGUGCCCCGAGGGCAGUCGACUGGGCCCUGAUGACAAGGCCUGUCAGGACGCGAAUGAGUGCGUGGAGCUGAAUGGCGGCUGCCAGCAGACCUGUGUGAACACGGCAGGCUCCUACCACUGUGAGUGCAGUCAGGGCUUCCGCAUGCAUACUGAUGGAAGGACCUGCAUUGCUGUGAACUCCUGCUCGGUGAAGAAUGGCGGCUGUGAACAGAAGUGUGUGGACAUGGGCAACGACCACUACAAGUGCGAGUGUCGUAUGAACUACCAGCUGAAGAGGGAUGGGAAGCACUGCGAGUUGAGGGACCCCUGUGUGGACAGGAAUGGAGGCUGUGCUCAGCUAUGUCAUUCUGUGGACGGUGAAGCAGAGUGCAGCUGCAGACCAGGGUACACACUGGCCAGAGACAGCCAGGGCUGUGAGGACAUAGAUGAGUGCAGCUCGGGCCAGGCCAUGUGUGCCCAUCGCUGUGUCAACACCCUGGGCUCUUUCAGCUGUGUGUGUAACCAUGGCUUUGAGCUGGGCGCUGACGGAAAACAGUGCUACCGCAUUGAGAUGGAGAUCGUGAACAGCUGUGAGAAGAACAAGGGAGGAUGCUCCCACCACUGUGAACACACCACCAACGGACCCCUCUGCUCCUGUAACCAAGCAUACCAACUGGCUGAGGACAGGAAGACCUGUGUGGACAGUGAUGAGUGUGAGAGUGGGGAGGCGUGCUGCAGUCAUUUCUGUAAGAACUACCCAGGGGGCUAUGAGUGCAGCUGCAAGGCAGGCUACAGGCUCCAUGCAGAUGGCUGUGGCUGCAAUGAUAUUGAUGAGUGCCUGGCAGAGAGUUCUGUCUGUGAACACUACUGUGUGAACACACUGGGGACCUACGAGUGUUUCUGCAGAAUGGGCUUCCGUUUGGACAACGACCAGAGAGCCUGCAUCUCACUGUACGACAGUGACCUGGAUGACGAUGAAGAGGAGGAUGACCCAGAGGAGGAUCUGGAAGUGCAUCGGUUGCCAGAUUUGCUCUUCCGACGGCCCCCUCAGCUCCUGCAGUACACUGCAGCCCUGCAUUCACCCUAUGGUGAUGAUGAGGAGGAAGAGGCACAGAGAGGGGAACUCACCCUGGUCAGCCACAUAGUGUGUCUAGAUGAUUCCUUUGGGGAUGACUGUGGUGUGAGCUGUGCUGACUGUGAGAACGGAGCAGCGUGUGGUGCAGACAGAGACCGCUGUGAAUGUACACCUGGAUGGACUGGCGUCAUCUGCAACGAGACUUGUCCUGUAGGGACCUAUGGACAGGCCUGUAACAGCCUGUGUCGGUGCCAGAAUGGGGGCUCCUGUGAACCAGUAACUGGGAGGUGUGUUUGCCCACCAGGGGUGCAGGGCCAGCUCUGUCAGGACGGUUGCCCACAAGGAUACUUUGGGAAACACUGUAGACGGAGGUGUAACUGCCCCAACAACGGGCGCUGCCACCGUCUCUAUGGAGCCUGCCUGUGUGCCCCGGGGCUGUACGGGCGCUUCUGCCACCUGCCUUGUCCCAGGUGGACCUAUGGUGUCGGCUGCUCUGAGGAGUGUGACUGUGUUCUGGACCAUUCCCUGGGCUGCCAUCCCAAGAACGGGACCUGUCUGUGCAAACCUGGCCACCAUGGCUCUCAGUGUCAGCAAGAGUGUGAUCCAGGGUUCUAUGGUAGUGGCUGUGGGCAUCAGUGUGACUGUCCAGGUGGGGCGACCUGUGACCCUAGGAGUGGAGAGUGCACCUGGAGGUGUCCUGCAGGGCUCCAUGGGAACCUGUGUCAGCUGGCCUGCAGUGCUAGUCAGUUCGGGGAGAACUGCCUCCGGACCUGUGUGUGUGGAGGAGCACCCUGUGACCCCAUGACAGGAGAGUGUAUCUGCCCUGUUGGGAAGACAGGAAAUGCCUGUCAACAAGACUGCCCAGAGGGAUUAUGGGGGUUGAAGUGCCAGUUCCCAUGUAGAGCGUGUGAGAACGGCGCUUCCUGCAACACACAGACAGGAGUCUGUGACUGCAACCCUGGGUACACAGAACAACUCUGCCAGACUGUGUGUCCACCAGGGUCCUAUGGGCCAGGCUGUGUGAGUGCCUGUGUCUGUCAUCCUGAUGCCAGCUGUGACCCUGUCACUGGACACUGUACAUGUCCCCCGGGUCGAACAGGACACGGCUGCACUACGCCCUGUGAGGAGGGGUCCUGGGGCUCUGAGUGCUCUAACAGGUGCCGUUGUGCAGACCGAGCCCUGAGUUGUGAUGCAGUGACUGGACACUGUGUGUGUGAGGCUGGUUUCACUGGAGACCACUGUGAACAGAAGUGUGUGGAGGGCAGCUAUGGUUGGGGCUGUGCCCUGGAAUGUCAGUGUCAGCACGGGGCUCUGUGUGACCAUGUGAGUGGAGCCUGCACCUGCUCCUCUGGAUGGACCGGAACCUUCUGUGAGAAAAUGUGCCCGGACGGGUUUUACGGUCUUGAAUGUGGCCAGAUGUGCGAGUGCAGGAACGGUGCCCGCUGCCACCACAUCACAGGAGCCUGCCUCUGCACCCCUGCAUUCUGGGGACCACACUGCAUUCUGGCCUGCCCUGAGGGUGGUUUCGGGAAGAACUGCAGCCGGAGCUGUGAGUGUCAGAACGGGGCCACCUGUGACCACAUCAGCGGCCGCUGCAGCUGUGGAGCCGGAUGGACCGGAGCCAGAUGCCAAGAGGCCUGUCCUGCUGGGAGGUAUGGAGAGGACUGUUCCCAGCUGUGUCUGUGCCAGCAUGGAGGCUUCUGUGACAGAGUGACUGGCCAGUGUUCCUGCCCCAGAGGGUGGACCGGAGCAGCCUGCGAGCUGGACUGUGGGGAGGGGUCCUAUGGAGAGGGGUGCACACAAACCUGCAGCUGUCAGAACGGAGGGGCGUGUGACACAGUGACUGGGGGGUGUAGCUGUCCCCCUGGCUGGACUGGAGAGCACUGUCAGACAAGUGACCUGACAUCACUGCUUCCAAAUGCAAGAGCCUGCCCAGACGGUCUCCAUGGAGAAGGGUGUGAGCAUAGGUGUCAGUGCGGCCACGGGACAAGCUGCCACCGUGUGACAGGCAGGUGUGAAUGUCACCCAGGAUGGAGAGGGUCCCAGUGCGACAAACCCUGCCUGCCUGGGGUCUACGGUGCUUCCUGUGCCCAGCGGUGUCAGUGUCAGUCUGGGGUGUCCUGCCACCACGUUACUGGGACAUGUGGCUGCCCCGCUGGUCUCACUGGGAACGGCUGUGAGGAGACGUGUCCAUCAGGUGUGUUCGGGCUGAACUGUAGCCAGAUGUGCCAGUGUUCUGGGGACCAUGAGCAGUGUCACCAUGUCACUGGAAGGUGUACCUGUCUGCCUGGUUACUACGGAAACCACUGUGAACUCAAGUGUCGUGAGGGAUCAUAUGGGCCAAACUGCAAGGCCAGAUGUAAGUGCAGCAAUGGCGGCCGCUGUGACACCAAGACAGGGACCUGUGAGUGCCCACCUGGCUUCCUAGGAGCUGACUGCAGCAUUGGUUGUCCGGCGGGGCGCUCUGGGCAGGACUGUGUCCACCUGUGUUCCUGUGGGGAGGGAGGGCAGUGCCACCCUGUGACUGGGAGGUGUAUCUGUGCCCCAGGUAAUAUCGGGCAGUCCUGCCAGCAAGCUUGUCCUAGGGGGCGCUAUGGCCUGCAGUGCAGGAACACGUGUGUGUGUCGGAACGGAGCGCUGUGUGAGGCCAGGGACGGGACUUGCAGGUGUGGGCUGGGCUGGACGGGACCACGCUGUGAGACAGUGUGUGUUCAGGGGAAGUACGGACCAGACUGUGCACUGGACUGUCCCUGCCAGAACAACGGGACAUGUGACCGCUUCACUGGCUGUUGCAGCUGCACGGCCGGACACUACGGACACUCCUGUGAACACCGGUGUCCCUCUGGAUUCUUCGGACAUAACUGUGCCCGUCCGUGUGACUGCCGGGCGGGACAGACAUGUGAUCAUGUGACCGGCCGGUGUGUGUGUCCGCCUGGCUACCGUGGCUCCCUGUGUCAGAGACGGUGCGAGGCUGGCAGGUUUGGGGAGGGCUGUAAGCAGUCAUGUGACUGUGUUGGGGGGGCCCCCUGUCAUCCAGCCAUGGGACAGUGUCUCUGCCCCCCAGGGAAGACUGGACAGAGAUGUGAAAAAGACUGUGGAAGAGAUCGUUUUGGUCCGGACUGCUCCCUGCAGUGCCAGUGUUCCCAUCAGGCCCAGUGUGACGCUCGUAAUGGCCGCUGCCUGUGUCCUGUUAUCUGGCUGGGCCCCACAUGUACAGAAGGACUACUAGAAACUGCAGAGGUCCCAGCGUUGGGCUUCUCUCCCUCCAUGAAGAAGCCGUCUGGUCUUUCCCACUCGUAGCGCACUGGAGGCCCCACAUCCCAAACUAGAUGUCCCAAAUACACCCGCAAGACGUCUCAAAUACUGAACACUCAGCAAGGUUCCCCAAAUAUGCAAUCAGGGAUCCGAGGGAGUCAAGGGAAGGCUGUGUACAGUUGGACAGAUGGAUAGAUGGACAGAGUUAUAUAGCCAGAAGGUGAUUCAGGUCUGGACCAGACACACAAGGCAAUGUAUUCUUAUGUCUACACCUGUAUUCUGCACAUUUGAUUGAGAAAUGUGCGGUGGCUUUUUGUGAGCCUGUAGAAAGGUGCAGAAUGCCGGUUUAGUUAGAGAGAGAGAGCAGGCUACACAAACACCUGGAACAUUGAUGUGCUGCUGGUGGUGGACAUUGGAAAUGUCACCUGAGCUCUAUUGUGCUCCCUGCCUGAUUGUCUCAGGACUGGACCCUUGCCCCAUGUCAACUGUUCUAGCCUGUCAUUAACCACAGGUCAAACACUUCCUGUACAUUCACAACGUCUCUGUCCUCACCCCAAUGCGGCUUUGGGCAGCCAAGUACAGGGGUAGGCACUACGGUGCUGGAGGGGCACAGUGUGUGCAGACCAUCACUAUCACACAUGAUUAAUAAAGACCACGGUUAGGUGAUUAGUGGAAUCGGGUGUGUUAGAGCUGGGCUGGAACAAAAGCCUGCACCCUCAGAGUCAUUGGUCAGACUGACAUGGGAACAACAGCCAUCACUCCCAAAGUGUCCACUGGUACUGUCUCUCCUUUUGACGGCACUCUGUCAUACUAUCAUAUCAUAUACAGUGAGACUAUUUUGUGUUGUAUUUUACUGGUUUCUUUUGACAGUGUGUGCCUGAUUGCUUGUCAUAAAGUGUUAAUAUAUUUAGAAAUUGCUUUUAGCUGUUCGUUUCGAUUUGAUAAGAUCACUUACUGCACUGUCAGAUCAGGUAAGUCACAUAUCAAUUCAUUACUGCUGUUACUGUCUGUUACUGUAAGUGUUUCAGUUCAAUGGCACUAUGACCUAUAGACGUCUUAGCCAAGUAAUCAGUAUAUUUUCAUGUAGAAGGGUUUUUAGAAUAUUGCAAAGCAUUUGAACUGUACAUCAGGAUACUGCCAUUCAUACCACUCAUAACAUGUACUGUACUAUGUGCCUGAUGGCAGGCUUUAUGUAAAUGGUGCUAUUUUGAUACAUCUUGAAUUUCUAUCAAAUUCUCUUUUUACUACA